AUAUUGGAAGUCAACUUGUUGAAUCCUUCAAAGAUCUUCAAUAUUCGAAAUCUUUGAUCGAUCAUCUUGUUCAACGUCUUGGUGAUGAAGAACGAUUAACAGCUGUUUGUCUUGAUGUAUGUCUUUCUACAAUUCGAACAGCCGAUGAUAUUUUGACACUUCUCAAUCUAUUCACCAGUUAUGCAUUGACGAAAGAUGAGUUUAUGGAAAUCUUCUUUCAUGGAACAACUCCAACAGAUUUUUCGACAUUGCAAAAGAAGAUUGAAAUUUUCAUUCUUGGAAAAACAUUGAAAUCCCAUUGGAUUGGAUCGAAUGAAAACUUUUCACGUGUUCGAACUUUGUUUCAAACUUUGAUUCAACGUGGAUGGACGGUACCGAAAUUACUGCUUGUCCUCACCAUCAAAGGCCCAACGAAAACAUCGGAAGAAUUACUCUAUUUGAUCGAUAUUUUGAAGAUUCUUGUCGAUUAUAAUGUAGAUUUGAAUCUUUUUCCUCAUCUGGAACCGAUUCUGUCGGAAAAUGAACUUCGAGCCUGUUCAGUAUUGAUCUACAAUCGUGUAGUUGAACAUUGUUUUGGUUCAACAAGUUCAGAGAAGAAUCUCAGUACAUUAUUGUCUGAAUUGGACGAAUCGAAUCAACAGGUCAAUAAGAAAGAGUUGCUCAAGAAAUAUAAAACGAUCGAAUCGAACUACAGCUUAGAUUCAACUGUUUUUCCUCAGAAGAAACCUAUCGAAUCCUGGUCAAAAUCAAUGAUACAACGAUGGGCUGAACGUGUUCGAUCGGAACCAGCCACUGUACUCGAAAUGAUAGCUGUGAUCAAACGUGCUAUUUUUCUCGAUUCAAAUUUUGAGCCUCGUCCAAUUCAAAUCUUAGCGGUUCUCAUUCUACUCGAUCGAAAGGAACAAGGUGGACGAUUAUUACAAAUCUUAACUGGUGAAGGUAAAUCAACAGUUGUAUCCAUCUUAGCUGUGAUCAAAGCUUUACAAAAUCAACAUGUGGACAUCAUCACCAGUUCAAUUACCUUAGCUAAACGUGAUGCACAUGAACGAAAAGAAUUCUAUGAUUAUUUCAAUGUCACUGUUGCACAUAAUAAUGAUGAAACAAGUUACAGUUCAGGACCCAAAUUAUGCUAUCAGGCGGAUAUUGUCUAUGGAAAUUCCAGUCAAUUUCAGUUUGAUCUUCUUCGUCAUGAAUUCAGUCUGUUGAAUACACGAACAUUGGAUAAAGACAAAGGCCUUACACGUCGUUUUGAUGCUGUGAUCAUUGAUGAAGUAGAUAGUAUGUUAAUUGAUGAGAAUAAUACGUUGGCUCGUCUAGCUGAUCAAUUACCGGGGAUGGAAUGGCUCAAUCCAGUCCUCUAUGGCAUUUGGCGUUGUAUUGAUUCUGAGAAAGAACCAUCUGUAAAACGAGAUCAAAUUAUUGAUAACAUGAGAAAACUCGUCACUGAUCCAAAGUCGGAUUUGAAACUUCCUCAACAUUUGAAACGUUUCAUUGAUGAAUCGAUCCCUGUUUGGAUCGAUCAUGCCAUUCUAGCAAAAGUGGAAUAUCGACUCGAUCAUCAUUAUAUGAUUAAAUCGGAUGAGACACGAACCAAACGAAUAAUGCCGAUCGAUUUCUCGAAUACAGGAGUGGUGCAACCGUGUACAACAUGGAGUGAUGGUCUACAUCAAUUUCUGCAAAUCAAACAUGGAUUGAAAAUGACCGCAUUGACUGUAACAACGAAUUAUCUCUCGAAUAUUGGUCUUUUCAUUCGUUAUGGAAAGAAUAUCUUUGGUUUAACUGGAACCAUCGGUUCGAAAGACACACAGAAUCUUCUCGAUCUAAUUUAUCAUGUUGAUACAAUUAUUAUUCCACCAUUCAAACAGAAACGAUACAUUCAAUUGGAACCAAUUUUAGCUGAAAAUGAUGAUCAAUGGUUGAAAACAAUUGUCUCGGAAAUGAUCAGCAAUGCUCGACAUCAACGCGGUAUUUUAGUCAUUUGUGAAACUCGAUUAGAUGCGAAAACGAUCAGUAAACAAAUCCAACGAGCAGAUCCAACACUUCUCGUUCGUUUAUACACGGAUAAUACCGAUGCAGUUGAAUCGAAUGUCGUUGGAAAUCGAAUUCAAUCGGGUGAGAUCAUUGUUGCAACGAAUCUGGCAGGUCGAGGAACGGAUCUGAAAACCAGUCCAAAUGUUGAGAAAAACGGUGGUUUACAUGUUUGUUUAACCUAUCUUCCCAAUAAUUUACGUGUGGAAGACCAAGCUUUUGGUCGAACAUCUCGUCAAGGUCAGCGAGGAACAUCACAAAUGAUUCUCAGUUCUCAACGAACAUUUGAACAAUUAACGAGUAUUCAUCCUGAAUAUUCAAUAACAAAUCCAAGAAAAACAUUCACUCAUGCAAUGGAAAUCAUUUGUGAUUGGCGUCAACAAGCGGAACGAAUUCAUCUUGAACGGAUGUGGAAAGACGAAAUUGUUGAGAUUAAAUUCAAAGAUCAAUUAUUUCAACGAUUCUGUCAACUAUUGGAUAAAUUACGUCAACAGAAUGACAAUGUCUAUCGACUUCUAUCCGUGAAAGAACAAUGGGGUCUUUGGUUGAAAUCUAUGGAUUAUGUGACACAAAAUCGUCGAAAUCUUCGUCUCUAUUUAGAAAAACUCGGUUUCAUUCCUGAAGAUGUUCCAGCAGAUGGUCAUAGUUUCUUUCAUGCUCUCUCGAAACAAAUCAAUGGUGAACUUACUGCUGAUGAAAUCAAAAAUCAAGUGAUCGAACAUAUGAUCAAUCAUUCCGAUACCUACCGAACGAUCACUGAAGAAGAACGUCAUCAAGCCACAUGUGAAGCAUUGAAGAUAAAUUUAAUCAUCUAUCGAACAGAUUCUCGUUCUCCACAUAUCUAUGAGCGAGAAGAUGCCAUUCAUACGUGUACUCUUGGCUAUGAAGUUGAUUCCUAUUACUUCUCUUUUCGAUCGAAUCAAUCGGAUGAUGCAGCGGCAAAGAUAAAACAAGAGAAAUCUCGACGAGAACAACUUUUCAAACAAUUCAAAAAAUUUGUCGAUCGAGCAAAAAAACAGAAGGAAACAUUGAAUGAACAAUUAGCAACAAAAAUCAUCGAUCAUGAUCUAAACAAUGGUUUCACCAUAUUUGAAAACGAAAUGAAAAAGAAUUACGAAAAAGAGGAUUUCAUUCGGAAUCCAUGUUAUCUCUUGAUGGACGCAGAAACUGUCAUCAAACAACUAACAACUUGGUCGAAUAGUGCUCGAUCAUGGAUUGAAGUUCUUCCAGGUACUGAUAAACGUGCAGUGACUUACAAAGAUGCUGUUGAUCGAUUGGAAAAAGCCAUCAAACUUGAUCCUAUCUUUACAUUUGCUGCCCAAGUGAAUCUUGCCCAUUUUCUCAUCGAUAAAGAACAAUCAACACCACUUUACAAAAUCAAAGCGAAAUCCUAUUUGAAUCAAGCACAAGAAAUCCUUGGGAAAUACAUUCUACCUCAAUUGUAUAGUAUGCAAAUGGAAACAGAGAAGAAGAAUGACGAGGAAUUAAUCUAUGAUGACUUCAUCAAUCAGAUUAAAUUAAAAAUAAGUAUUCUUCAAUUGUAUCAGAGUCAUGUUAGUCAAGCGAUCACGAUUAUUGAAGAUUCACAGAAAUUAAUCGAUAUCACUGUCACAGAUGAAGAUAAUCCUGGUCGAAUUUGUCUCGGGAAAAAAUUGUAUCGUGAUGAAGUGACAACAUUCCUCGAUCAAGCACAUGGGGAGAUCGAUUUAACUUUUUACAGUUUGAAAUGUCAUACUGAUCUCUGGAAACAUGAUCAAGCAUUGAAAUUACUGAAGAUACUUUCGAAAAGAAAUGAACAUGUUUCAAUUCAUUUUCUCGAUGGAUCGAUGACGAAAAUCGAAGAAUUGGAAUCCAUCAUCACGUCGGAAAAGAUUCAAUUGAAUAUCGAAUAUCUUGAUUCCAAUGAACUUGAGCCUUUGUUGGAAUUAGGAUCAAAGAUCGAUCUGAAAUUAAUAGCAACAACAACAGAUUAUUUGGCCGUGCUCAAAGCCAUUCAUGAACAUAUGGAAUCAAAUGAGAAAUCUCAUCAAACACGAAAAGAAACUUCCAAGAUACGAAGUGAUCGACGGAUCAUAGAAAUGAAUGAUCACAUUGAAUUGAUCACUGAUACACAUCGUUUAGUAUUGACAGCUGAUGAUGCUUUGAAAACUCUUCAAGAUGAGAGUAUAACCGUUGAAUCCGUUCUCUUCAAAUCGAUCCGCAAAGAACACGUGCAUUUUAUCCUAUCUCAUGUCACUCAACCCAGUUUUACAUUAAUAUUUCAUUCAUUAACCAUGGAUCAUUUGAAAAACAUCGUCAAAGAUGUGACAAAACCAUUUAAUUACAAAUUUCGACAUUUAUCGACAAGUCAAGCGAAGACAUUGAUUGAAAAGACCAGUGAUCGAGAUUUUCUUUUAUUGAUUCAACAUUUAUCCGUCAAUCGUGCAAAGAAAAUAAUUAAGGAAUUCGAUCUCAAUGAACAACAUGUGAAAAGCAGUUUGAAAUAUUUGUCGGAAAAUUUUUCUAAAACUGAUCAACAAUACGAAGAAUUAAAUGCUUAUGGUUUGUUAGGUGUCAGUCUAUUGAUCAAUGUCGAUGAACUUACUCCACGUCCAUGGAUCAGUGUAACGAUUGUUGUCGUCGGCGGUGUUCUUCAAAUUGCUGGAGGUAUUUAUCUCACUGCAGUCACCUGUGGUCUCGGCAUUACUUUUGGUAUUUCAUUGAUUGGUGAAGGUAUCAAUGAUAUUAUCUUUGGCAUUCGAGGAGCUCUAUCACGACGAUUCUCUUGGAAAGAUUAUGCGAUACAAAAAGGUAUCAGUCUUGGUAUUUGUUUUGCAACAUUGGGCUUCUCAGCUGUUUCUCAAGCAUACAAAGGUGUCCAAGCAGUUGGAUUAGCCGGUGCAUCUUCCACUAUCUCAGCGACACGACAAGGAGUUGUGGCAAUUUUCAAGAACAGCUUUCGAACAGUUGGUUCAGGUGCUUUGAAAGGAAUUUCCAGUUCAAGUUGGUUAUUAGCUCUUACACAAGUCGGUAUUACGUGCGCUGAAACAGGUGUAAGAGAGUUGGCCAAUUACUUUUCUGAUGCAGCCUACCAAGGACUUCUUUCACAAGUUAAAUCACUGAUUCGAGAAGAGAUCGAAUCGAUCGUUCGAACAAAUCAAUCAAAUGAACACUAUCAACGUAUAUUCAAUCGAGCAUUGACUGUCGAUCGAUAUUAUAAUAACGAUGAAUGGCAAAAAGAAGUUGAACGAAUUGCAAUGGAUAUUUUAACGAAAAAUAAAGAUCAAUUUCUGGAAACAGUUCAAUCUUUAUCCAAAGGUAUUACCAAUGCUUUUCUCAAUCAUUCACGACAAUUUUUACGUGAAACCGGUGGCAAAAGUAAUUAUGGUGGAUAUGUCAAGACUGCUCAAUUGUUAUUGACCAUUGGACCGAUGCUGAAAGGUGCACAAGAGAUCAGAACAUUGACCGAUUCAUUCUAUACUCAAUACAUGGCACAAUUGAAGAUAUUGGAAGAGAAAAUUCCUACAUUCGAAGAUCUUCUCGUUCAUGCCUUGAAUCAAGAAAUAUCAUCAUCAUCAACGAGACGUAUCGUCAAAUCUUUAGUUAAACAUUCGAUUCUCACUUCUGAUGGUCUUCUUCAUUCCCAAUUCAAUCAAGAUAAUGAUGAAGAACCUGAUUUGAGUAAUGCAGCUAGUUUCUUGCAAACAUCAGAUGGACCUACACGAACACCAAAAGAAAAAUUACGUCAUCGAUUAAAGAAAUUGAAAUUUAAAAAAGAUGAACAUCGAAUCUCUACUGAAACAUUGUUGAUGAAAAUUGUUGGUAGUGAAAAUCAUUCAUCACUUCGUGUCAAUAUCUUUCAAAAGAAAAUUGUCACUAUAUUAGUCGAUCAAGUUUGUGCCAUUCUCUAUGGUACUAUGGUUACACCAUUGAAGAAUUUUGUCAUUUCUCAAGCUAUUGCUGCAAUGUCAACGGCGAUUCAACUUAAAAUCAAUCCUGAUGGAACCGUAAUGGAACAAUUGAUGGAACAAGGUGCACAACGUUACAUUCAUGGUGUUGCUAAUGAUUUGAUCGACAAGUAUAAUCGAGGUGAACUCAAAGUCGAUCCACAAGCAAAAGAAAAACUCGAUAAACUGCUUGAAGAAUCUCAAACCACGAGUGAUCAACCGAAAACUUUGAACGAAAACUUAGCGUUGAAUGUCGUCAAUGGUAAACAAGGUGGCAUUAUUGAAUUGGCUGUUUUAGCCAUGUUAACAAAGAAGCCAAUCACGGUACUCAAAGAACAAUCUGAUGGACAAGCAAAUGCAGAUGAUGGAAGUAUUCAGAUGGUUUACACUCCACCUACAACGGACAAAACAACAGGAAAAACAAUUGAUGGUCAUUAUGAAUUGGCAGGAGGUACUACAGCACGGGGUGGACCAAAUGAUUGCUUGUACACAACUAUUCUUAGUAAAGCACAAGAUCAAUUUUCAUCGGUUAGUGAAAUGCGAAUGCAAUGUGCUGCAUUUAUCUUAACCAAUCCGAGUUUUAUCUCGGGAAUUCAUCCAGCUUUAAGUACCAUUAAUCACACUCGAAAUCCACUUCGUUGUAGAGAGUUGAUGGGAGAAGGUGGUGCGAAAAAAGCUCCUUUUAUCUAUUCAGAAGAAAAACGUCAUGAAAAAUCUACAAGCCUGCAAGAUGCCAAUGGAAAAGUGGUGCAAGAUGUCUUAGAUUUUGUGAAUAGUUCUGCUCUGGAAGGCGCUUCAACCGAUGCCAAGAAUUGGAUCAAGUCGAUUAUCGAGACAGAUUUGACAAAGUUUCAUGAAGAAAAUCAGCAGGGAGGCGUUGAAAGCGGAUAUAU